AUGACAAACCAGAUAACAGCGGCUAGCCAAGGGCGACCCUCCAGCCGGCAGCGCCGCCAAAUUGGCUUGUUUGAAGUUGAUUGCGCAGGCAGGUUUUCUGUUUGCGACUCCGGCUCGGGUGUGCAAAUACAGAACAGGAGUACAUCGAGCUCGGUAUAUGCAGAGAUCCAUUCGACGCCGGAUAAAAACUCUGUCCCGAGUGACGACGACAUACCCGAUGAAACCGAUGUGGAAGGAAUUUCAGAUCCGCCAGACCUAGGCGUACUAUGCACUGGCUCCUGGCAAGAAAGAAUGUCAUAUGAUUCCGUCCUAUCAUGGCGUGUUGAGGCGGUCACUCAGGAAGACCUUGACGAAAUGGCUCUGAUAGAGUAUCAAAAAUCACAGGCACCCUAUAAUGGCCCAGUUGCGGAGAAGCUAAAGACCUCCCAUGAAUGGAAACUUGGUAUAGCUGCCUCAGGAUCUGUUACUGAAUCUACCGACUACUCAGUACCAGGCAUGACCGAAGCUAGCUCAAAGGAAACGGACAGCUCAUGUCUUCCAGAUCGUGCAACUCAGCUGGAAGAUAACCAAAUGGACAUUCCUGUACACAACGUCUUCUCAUGCCCGGAUGAGAUGACUGCAGGCUGUGGAUCUGGGCUUUUCAAGUCCGACUUGACUCUCAUCGGCAUGUUCAACGAGCAUGGUGAAUCCAAGGAUCAAGGAAGCCCAUUUCGACCCUGCUCCGUCAACAGACACCUUGAUGCGGAUGGAUUUCCAGAGGUCUGGACCGAGCAAACCCAACAAAAUUGCAAUGCUUCUUAUGAAAUUCCCGACCUUGUGUCCAUUGCGGGGGGGGGCGGUGAAGACGAUGCCUCCAGUGCGGCCGAUGAGGAAUCUUCAGAAUCUGACUCUGUCUGGAUGUCUGAUUAUUCCGAAAGCGUUCCGGUUCUUCCGGAUGGCCACCCCUUCCUUGAUAUAAAAUCGAAGGCGACGGAGGAAGCUCUUCGGUUAUACGAGAGUUGUUUCAACCGCACCAAAGAGAAGGGCACGUCACGCGCAUCGGGUGUAGUCGAUGCCGGGGACAAUACGUCGUCUGGUCAAGCCCCGCGCGUAUCAUCUUCGGUUGGAUCAUCCAGUUCGUCAUCUGGGAGUAAACGAGCUGGCGACGGUGCAAACCACAAUGAGAUGGAUGAAAAUAAUGACCAGAAUGGUGCAGAUGAAAGAGGUCCUCCAAGAAAACGUGUUCGUGCAAGUAAACAGUCGGGUGGCCGGCAAGCGUCCUUGGCCUGCCCAUAUGCGAAGAAGGAUCCUAUCAAGUACCGCUCCUGUUACUCAUACACCCUCAAAAGACCGAAGGAUGUGAAACAACACCUGUCCCGAUGUCAUCAGCUACCAAUAUAUUGUGCCCGCUGCAAGGAGAUUUUCCACACAGAAGAUGAGCGCAAUGAACAUCUUGAGGUCGAUAUAAACGCAAUGUGCCCGGUUCAGAAUAUUGUUUAUGACGGUGUCACAAGGGAGCAGAAAGAACAAUUAGCAAGGAGAGUCAACCAUCGUAUGACUCUUGAAGAUCAAUGGUUCUCCAUUUUCAAAAUUCUUUUCCCAAACCAUCGCCCCCGACCGAGGUCCGCUUAUGUGAACACGGAUUUAACGAUUGAAAUGGAAGCAUUUCAAGACAUGAUGGUUGCUGAAGGCCCUGGAAUUAUCACCUCGACACUUGCAUCACACGGUAUUGCUCUGGAAUCGAUUUCAAAUCUAGAACGUGACCUAUCUUCUUUUUUUGACAUCGUUCUGAUGAGAGGAUUACAGGAAAUUGCUAAUAGGUGGACUGCGAACUUGGUUGAGAACUUGACAACCGGUGAUGCUGAGAACGGUGAUGGUUUACUUGUUCCUCAGUCCAGCACCGAACAGUCUACGUCAUCAUCGGAUACAUUAGUUACAAGCAGACCAAAUAGCCAGCAACCACCCUUACUAUUGAAUCGCAGCCCAGAAGAAACUGAGGCUAUAGCGUCAUUACCAAUGAGGACUGAUGUCCCUGAUCGAGUGACGAACGAGGAGAUCUCACCGAUGAUGAGUAAUGAAUCACGGGAGUCGAGGCAACCCCGUACGCUGAUCGAACGUACGCCAACCGAAUUCCAAACCGACCUUUCAACAGAAAGUGAGAUUCCAUUCACCCACCCGGAAAAUAUGAGCGAUCCAUUUGGGUCUCAGGACUUGAUGCUAUUGGAUGAACUUUUUGAAGACCAUGGGCCACCCGGGUCAUGGGACAACUUUAGGUUCGACGAUGAAACUGAUGAACCGAUGAUCAACAAGUUAGAUAAUGGUUCUAUCCCCGUCCACAGAGACUGGGAGGCUCCCAUUUGA